AUGGAUUUCCUGCCGCUACCGCAAGACCCGACCUAUCCAACCCCGGAUACGCCAUAUCUCUCCUCCGAGGACUGGGACCUUGGCCCUUUCCGAACGUACUUGGACAGGAAAUACCAGGAGCUGGGUCUCGCCGAGGUGCCUCAGCUCGCAGCCGACAACGGGCUGCUGACGCUCCCGUUGCAGCGAGUCUUUGACGCGAUCCCGGCCGCCAAGCUGCAGCCGUUUGUGCAGACGUGGCUGUGGUUCGGACUCUUGGCCGAACUGUUGAGCCUCAAUGAGCUCGAAGACGGAACACGCCUGGUCAGUCUCGACCAGGCGCGGGACGAAAUGGCUGCGCUGUACCGUGAAUUCUCAAAGGACGGCGAGAACGGCCGGCUUCUGACGGGCGUCGCUAUCCUUGAAAAAUCCGACAUAUUUGCUCAGCGGGUACGCUUGGGAGGAGAUCUCGCGCCUCGCCUCCGCUACAUACAUCGCUGCCUGACUCGAUCCGUUCUCAUCAUCAACAACUCUUCCAGCCAGCUGGACUAUGCCAUCCGCUACUCCAUGGCUGGGCUUGGGGAGCUAUUCAUGACGAGCAUCUACGCAGGUAGCCAUUUAGUAACCCCGCGCAUCGUGCUACCAGCCUCGGCGUUCAACUGGUUUAGGGACUAUCUCAAGGCGGGCAACGAUCUCGAGAAGCGGAUGCUCAGCGUUGGCUGGUGCCCGAGUGAGAUUGAGAAGCUGCGCAGUCUUUUCCAGGGUGUCGCGUCUCUUCAUUAUGUCACGAGAUUGCGGCCGCGUACCAAGCCCGGCGAUCAUGUCCACUGCACCAGCUAUGCCUGCCGAGCUUUUCAGAUUGACAUCUCGCAGUACAAACCCAGCCACGUCAGCCCAGAGUGUCAUUGUGAUGACGUGCAUGUAGAUGAGGCAGAAUUGGGCCAAAUUCUAAGAGAGACAGACUCUUAUCCCGUGUUGAAAAUCGACACGGGGUCGGAUGGCACUGGGCCCGCGAGUAUCAAGAUGGAGACGUACAAGCAAGGCGUCAACUAUGUUGCGUUGUCUCAUGUCUGGGCAGACGGCUUGGGAAAUCCCCGCGUCAAUGCAGUGCCCAACUGUCAGGUGGUAAGAAUCGCCAACGCUGUUGCAGGCCUCAACCGUACAAUGAAUACCGGUGAUGGUUCACAGUCCGAAUACCGCAUCUGGCUUGACACAAUAUGCUGCCCUGUUGAGCUCAGCGGAAAGGCCAUUGCUCUUGAACGAAUUUCUGACGUCUACAAAAACUCAUCACAUGUUCUUAUUCUCGACUCGUCCCUCACAUGCCUGAAUACCACGACGUGCGACGUAGCAGAGAUGUUGCUCAGGAGUUUUAGCUGUUCUGCCUGGAUGCGAAGGCUUUGGACCCUUCAAGAGGCCAUUCUUCCUGGAAGUCUCUGUAUUCAAUUCGAAGACAAGGCAGUUUCGGCUUCAGACUUGAUGCGCGACCUAUACCUGGCCGGAAUAAACGAUAUGCGCCUCCUCCGAAUUUGGCACGACCUUCUCAACGAGUUUAACUACAUACAAAACUUUGAUACGGCUAGCCGCAGUCUAGAAGAUACCUACUUCAAGCCGCAGCUCGUCGCACUACAAAGGUCCAUUCAUUUUCGAACGGUCUCUGUACAGUCUGAUGAACCCCUCUGCAUAGCCGUCUUGAUGAACCUGCAAAUAGAGGGGCUCACAUUAAUGACUGACGGCGAGCGACGCAUGGCGCGCGUCUGGGCCACAUUGGCUGAGACUCUGGGCGGAAUCUCAACGUCGUUGGUAUUUUUCCUCGAAGAGACUCUGUCCCUCAAGGGCUGGCGAUGGGCCCCGAAAAGCCUCCUUGGAAGCCUCGGCGAGGAUUCCACGCUCGGCAUGGAUGAAAGAUCGCUGCGCUUCUCUGUCCCACUGCCCUUGACUCCCCUUUCUCUAGGCACGCCGACUCCAAGAGGGCUUCGCAUGAGAGCCCAAGGCGCUUACUUGACUGUCACUCCGAUACGUGACCACUUUGACGUGCAGCCGUGGGCGGGGGUCACCAAGAGAUCCAUCGAAGCUCACGUGCUCAUAUAUCGCGAGGCGACAAAGGAGUGGUAUCGGCUUGCCGACUGGCACCGCAGUCGUAAGCUGGGGUCGUGGUCUGACGAAGAACGGAAAGCGUACGAUGAAAAGUACCCGACGCCCAUCUUUGACUGCAUCCGAUCCAACAGCGCCGCCCUCGUGUUCAAUAAUUUCGACGAAGAGGCCGAGAUCAAUGUUGCCAUCUUGGGCAAGGCGCAGGGGUGCCUGGAUGAUGACGAGGAGCAAAAGGCGAUGCUCUUCGAGCGCGAGCGCACACUCAUGUGCUGGCGUCUGGGCGAGCAGGAGGUGGCUCUGCUCGACAAGGUGAUUGCCACCGCCAACAGACUGGCGGAUGACGAGGUAACGGCUAGGUUGCUGGCGUGUGGCAAGGAAGCUAGCCCGCAACGUGACGAAUGCGUUGCUGAAGUCAGGAAGUGGCUGGAAACGACUGUUGGUCGGCAGUGGAAAGAGGAUGUCGAGUUUUCGCAGCUAGUGACGACUAUUAUGGGAGAUGGCAUGGAAGGCUACGCCUGGCCUUUGAUCUUGGUGGACUACUCAAAUAUUAUUCACAUGGAGGAUUCCGUGCACGAUCAGAUUUGGUUUAUUGACUGA